GGAAUGUAUAUGUGAACGAACCAAAACAUCAGUGAAGAAAAUACAAAUGCACAACCGGAUUGUUUAUUAAUUGUAGCUGUUUCUUUUCUACAUUUCUCCUCUUUUAACCGGCCAUAAUGUCUGAUGAGGAAGAGGACUACAUGUCGGAUGCAUUUCUCACUCAAAUACAAGAUGUGAAGCCAGGUGUCAGCAUGGUGAGGCGGGUGAAAGAGGCGAUGAAGAAGGAGACCAAGCAGAAGGAGACGAACAUAAAGAACCGUCAGAAGACCUACAAGGAGCAGGAGAAGGAGAGCAGAGAAGCAGCUCUGCAGAACUCACUCUGCAGGGAGAACAAGGGCUUUGCACUUCUGCAGAAAAUGGGUUACAAAGCUGGUGAAGGGUUAGGGAAGAAAGGAGCUGGGAGGGUUGAUCCAAUUCCUAUGAAUAUCAAAACUGACCGAGGUGGCAUUGGAAUGGAAGAGGUGAAGAAAAGAAAAGCCGAGGAGGAACUUGAACAUUAUCGUCAGAAAACACGAGCCAAACAACAGAAUGAGACCAAGUCUCUGGAAGAUUUUAGGUCAAGAGUAAGGACUGAGAGAGAGGAGCGAAAGAUUGAAGGAGAUCUCAGGAGGAGUCAGCGAGCCUGUGAGCAGCUUGACAGUCAGAAGGGCAUCACUGUCCCCAGGGAAGACUGGUACUAUCCUAAAGCAGAGACUGAUGAUGAGGAAGAUGGUCCCAAAGAGGAUGAGGAUGAGGAGGAGGAGGAAGAGGAAGAGGAGAUUGACGAAUUAACUUCCUUUGACAAACUGCAAAUUUUGACAUCCUAUUUGAGAGGAGUCCAUUUUUACUGCAUAUGGUGUGGGACAACCUAUAAUGAUGAAGAGGACUUGUGCUCCAACUGUCCCGGGGAUACAGCAGCAGAUCACGAAUGAACUUGAUAAAAAUAAUAAUCCCACUAGUUCCCAGGGAAAAAGCAGAUACAAAUGUUUGACCCUGGAAACAUUAUAUGUGUAAUUGACAGCAGUUUACAAAAGGGGAAACAGGCUCAUCACACUUGGCUCUGAUGAGCAGUUGAGGCAAUUAGGUGAACAGAAGUGGAGGAAUAUUUAUUUAUAAUCCCAAUUUGAAUCUGUUGUCCGUCUUGAAUUUUUCUUUACAUUUAGAAAUCCUGUGGUAAAUUUAGGAUACCUUUUAAUGUUUAUAUUUUGAAAAGAUUUUUUUUAGACAUGUUUCAAGAGCAAUUGCAUACCUGUGUUUUCAUUAAACGUUUUAAGAAUUAUA